GUUGGGAAAUAUAUCUGGUGGAAUCAAAGGAGAUUACAUCCUCUGAUCGGCAGGGAUUUAGCCUGGUUCAUAUGGUUUUAAUCUGCUUUCGCUUCUACCCUUUUAUGAGUUUUAGAGAAAGAAAUAAAAAAUACCUGGUUUAUUCUCUUAGAUCCUCUGGUAAACCCUCAUUUUGAAGACUGUCUCCCACCCCUCCUCUCCUUCCCCUCUCCACCCCUCCCAUCACCCCCCCCCUCCCCCCCAGCCCCUUCUUCCGGGACUGGUACCGAGAAAGAAUAAAUUACUCCAUUUUCACACAAUUUAAAGUCACGUCUUUAUGAUUCCUUUAAGAAGAAGGGGAGGAAAACCCCCUCGAAACCUCCGAUUUGGAAAACAUCGGCUCUUCCCCGUGGGGAUGGGGCGGCCCGGCGUGUCGCAAAUCUGGUCUAUUGCACAUUUCACUUAAAAAAAAAAACAACCAAAAAACUGCAACAGGUACAGGCGCUGGGGCACAUCCGCUCCCGGCUCCCAGUCCCCGCCCGGUGAAAUCAGCAGCCCAGCAACCUCCUUGCCCCGGCUGGGGAAUAAACGGGCAGCGCCUUGAAGCCUUUAAGAAAGAUACGGAUCAAUCAAAUUGUAUUGCAUAGGGUGUGUGUGUGUGUGUGUGUGUGUGUGUGUGUGUGUGUGUGUGUGUGUGUGUGUGUGUGUGUGUGUGGACACCGCAGCUGCAAAGGAGGUAUCUAUAAACAGCAAGUGUUGUUAUUUUUAACCCCCCUAGAUCCUGGCUGUCCAGGAGCCUUUUUCUCCUGAAAAUGGAUUUUUUGGCUGAAAUAGAAAGUCUCUUUUCUACUUCCCGCCCCCCCCCCCCUUUUUUUUUAAGCGCUCAGUGCCAGUGACCGGCUCAGGGGCGACGGGAGAAGGCAGCGAGGGGGGGUGGGGGGGUGAAUGGCUGAUCAAUCCUAUUCAAUAUUUUUUCAUCAAGGGAUUGGCUUGCAUUGCAGCGCGGCCCGGCUAUAAAUCAAGAGGCAAAGGCGCUGGCUCCGCGCGGUAUUUAGCGCAGGAAGAAAGUUGGAGCUGAUGGCACGGGGCUCGGCUGCGAUUGCCAUCCAGGAGCCGGCGCACUUGAGCCUGCGAGCUGGAGAGGCGAGGCGAGGCGCAGCGCUCAGCUCUCCCGCUGGUUGGGCUGGGCUGUGGCGGCCGGGCCAGCGCCUGCCAUUCCUUCCACUGACAACACCCCGCGAAGGAGGAGCCUCGCCGCGCCGCGUACAAGGCGUCAGCAGCCUCAGUUUCCAACUUAGCAUCUUGGCAGGACCUUUCGGGAAGCAAAAAGCAACAGCGAGGGGGGAAAAAAGCCCCCGGGUCUGAAGGGGGAGGAAAAGCACCCAGAGGCCGCGGAGCUCGCGAGCGCAGGGAGCCUAGCCGAGGCCAGGUGCGCGGCGCGGCUCCGCCGGCCCUGCCCCGCUGCCCAGGGGCUCCCGCCCGGGCGGCUCCGCCACCCCCGGCAGCGGCAGCUCCCGGACAGUCUGUCUCCUGGGUAUAUGUCUGUGCUUGGCCAUGUCGUAUCCUCAGGGUUACUUGUACCAGCCGUCGGCUUCCUUGGCUCUCUACUCUUGCCCGGCUUACAGCACCAGCGUCAUCUCCGGCCCCAGGACCGAUGAACUUGGGAGAUCUUCCUCUGGCUCCGCUUUUUCGCCUUAUGCCGGAUCUACAGCCUUUACCGCCCCUUCUCCGGGUUACAACUCCCACCUCCAGUACGGCGCGGACCCGGCUGCAGCUGCUGCCGCUGCCUUCACUUCGUACGUGGGCUCUCCCUACGACCACACGCCGGGCAUGGCGGGCUCCCUGGGCUACCAUCCCUACGCGGCCCCCCUGGGCUCCUACCCCUACGGGGACCCCGCGUACCGCAAGAACGCCACCCGCGACGCCACCGCCACGCUCAAGGCCUGGCUGAACGAGCACCGCAAGAACCCCUACCCCACCAAGGGCGAGAAGAUCAUGCUGGCCAUCAUCACCAAGAUGACCCUCACGCAGGUCUCUACCUGGUUCGCCAACGCCCGGAGGCGGCUCAAAAAGGAGAAUAAAAUGACCUGGACCCCCCGGAACCGGAGCGAGGACGAGGAGGAGGAGGAGAACAUCGACCUGGAGAAAAACGACGAGGAUGAGCCCCAGAAGCUGGAGGAGAAGGGGGAGCCCGAGGCCCCGGAAACAGGAGCGGAGCCGAAGGCGGCGGCGGGCUGCGAGCGGCUGCAUGAGCCGCCCAGCCCGGCGGGCAAGGAGGCCGAGGGCGGCCUGAGCGACUCGGACUGCAAGGAGCCGGCCGAGGAGGGGCCGCCCGGCGGGGCCCCCAAAGCGGCCGCCCCCUCGCCGCUGGGGCCGUGCGCGGCCGGGCGGAUGCUGCAGCAGGCGGCGGCCGCCGAGGAGCUCCAGCACCACGCCCCGUACCGGCCCCCGGCGGCGGCGGAGCUGCACCCCCUGCUGCCCUCGGCCACGGGCACGGGCACCGGCACGUCGGUCAUCCACUCGCCGCAGCAGGCGGCGCUGGCCAAACCCAAGCUGUGGUCCCUGGCCGAGAUCGCCACGUCCGCGGACAAGUCGAAAGAGGCCGGCGGCGGCGAGGGGUCCCCGGGCGCGGGGCAGGCGCAGGGCCCUCCCCUGGCGGGCGGCGGCGCCUCGCGGUCCCCCGCGCGCUCGCCGCCCGCGCAGUGCCCCUUCCCCAGCAGCGCCGUGCUCUCGCGGCCCCUCUACUACACGGCCCCCUUCUACCCGGGCUACACGAACUACGGCACUUUCGGGGCCCUCCACAGCCACCCCGGGAGCAACGCGGCGGCGGCCCCCGGCACGCAUUUCAAUGGAUUAAACCAGACUGUCUUAAACCGAGCAGAGACCUUGGCUAAAGAAACUAAAAUGCUCAGGAGCCAGUCCCAAGUAGAUCUUUGCAAAGACUCGCCCUAUGAGCUGAAGAAAGAAAGGAUCCAGCCAAACAGCGUUGUUGCUACUGGGAAGGAAGAGCAAAAGGAAACACGGGAUUCCCACCACCUGCCCGGGGUGGCAGGGGCAAGGCGCGGAGCAGAUCCGACUACACUGCGCUGGAUUGACCCAAUUCACUGCAAUCCCUUUUCCUUUCUUGCAAGGUUUGCUUCCCGCCAAAGCACGAAGCCUCCUUCCGGGGGCGUCUCCACGACUCAGGGCUAAAAGGAGCGUGUAAAUGAGCUGCGAUCCAGGUCCCCUGCGCGGCGCCCCGGAGGUGGAGGCUGCCUCCUGCAGCUCGGGGACUCGGCCUGGGAGCUCUGCAGCCAGAGGGCUGCGCCGGGCCCGACAAACAUUUCACCCGCCCAGGCUGAAGCCGCUCUUGGCUGCUCCGAGGAGCCCCUUGCUUUGGGGAGCUCGCAGGAGCAGACUGGUGGAGGCAGCUGAGCCUCUGGGGAAGCUGGGAGGAGGAGAAGCCUGGAGCCCAUAUUUCACCCCUCGAGGACGAGGCGGUGGGGACCAGAUUGCUCCGCCUCCCAUCUGACUUCUCCCCUCUGAGCAGCGCUGCCCGCAGGAGAUGGCAGGACACCCAUGGCUCCUCGUGUCAUGCCCAUCGGCCUCCCAGCGCGCUGCCCCGUUUUGUGGCCUCUGGGUCCGAGUCCCUGAAGCCAGGGGAGAGCCGUCCGCGGGCUACAAAGGGGUCCAGGUCGGGGGGAGUGCAACGUGCCCAUUCACUUCUCCUGUGCAAGCCUUUAGGCGCUCUGUCUGUGUGCUUGAGAUCUGCUCGGAAAUGAUGGACCUAGCGAGAAAUUCCUGCCCAGUAUCUGCAGGGAGGGAUGUGCUGACACAAAGCAAAGCCGGCGUUUCUGGGACCGUGCACACGGGCUUCUGUGACACAACGACCCAGGCGCCCACCUUGUGUUUGAAGGAGCAGAAGACAUGCAUUUGAAAGCUGGCAAACUGGAGCUCCUCUCACGUUUUUAGCUGUAAGUGUGCCCAGGAAAAUGAUGUUUAUAUACACCUUCCAAUAAAUAGCAUGCUCCUGACUCAAACCCACUAUCAACGCACUGCUCAACAAGUUUUAUCUUCCAGUCCUUGACCUGUGACUGCUUUUACAAAUGCUCUCUGUUCAUUAGCAGUUUCAGGUCACUCUCAGUGCCUGUGUCACUAGCGCCCAGUGCGGCUGUAAAAUCAAGGUAUUCAAUACCAGCUGCAUUACCAGAGUGGUUUAUUUCCCCCUUAUCCCCCCAGCCUCUCUUCCAAAAGCAACAUGAUCUUCCAUGCAGAUGAAAAAAGAUGUAGCUAUAUUUGCAUAAUUAGAGCAAUACUGUAGGUCUUUAAUGCAACAGACCUAAAAAGCUGAUUUAUGAUUAAAUAUAUAUUGCUAAAAGUUACCAAGCUGGGGAGUGUGCAUAGCAUUAGACAAUGACAGUUUUGGGGCAUAAUUGUUUUAAUGUGGGCAAUUAAGACUAAGUGCAUGUGAUUUUAGUGUCUGCCCUACAUUCCUCUGAAUGAUUCAAUGAUCAAUACACAUGAUUUGUAAGUCGCUUCCUAUUGAUCCAAUGGUAAAAUGUUUGACCUUCCUUUGAGGAAGUAAUUUGCUAAAUUAUGACACUACGUAAAGUCUUUCUCAGUUCAGAGGUGAGGGGUAAUGGUGCACAGAACGGGAAAAAAAGUAUUUUUCCUUUUCAAUGAAAAUAGGUCUUCAUAAUGCUUCAGCCACUCUACUGCCCUUACCUUUGAAGGGCGGAGCCCAUCAGUUUUAUCUUUGAAGCCAACAGUGGAAACAUGACAUUUGAAACUUAACGUUGGGGGGAAUCUCAAAUGAACUGCAUCCAUUUACACUUCUAAACCAAACCACUGAGAAUCCAAGGUUAGUAGUUCCUGACCAUAUGAAAUCUGUGCUUUCUGAGAGCUGUUGGGAGAAAAACGUGCAGAGGCAGAGCUGGGGAAACAGAACAUUUUGCCAGUGUUAAGAGCUAUAAUAUAUGAACCUCAUUGCUUCCUACACUCUUUGAGAGCUCCUUCUGAUUUGCAUCAUCAAGUACAGAAUAGCCCCGUUUGGUAUACUGCAUGAGCUUGUACUAAGACGUUAUUUUGCAGAUAAACAAGAAAACAACUUCAUACCAAAGACACCAGGGAGCUUUGCCACUGAAUAAAAUGCUAUGCAAAAGUAGGUUUAGUUCAGUGGGAAGUGUUUACCAAGUUUACCAAGCUAACGUCUCAGCAGAACAGACGUGGCAACAAGUUCAAGAAAAGACCCUUUGGAAGCACUCAUGUAUCCCAGUGGUUUACAUCUCCAGAACCAUUUCCUUAGUUGGAAGAGCCUCUCCUGGAUAUGGCUUCAGGGUGGGAGGCAAAGGCAAAGGGAUGAUGAUUUUCACACCAUAAAGUUGACCGGAACCACUCUGAGAAGAAAGUCACAGCUAGAAACCAAAUUGUGAAAAUUCAUGGUCUAGUCCCUAUAGAGAAACCUUCAUAUUUUAAAGGUUUUUACUUUUUAAAUAAGACCUACAAAAAAAAUCUCCCGUUGGGAGUUAUUCAAGAAGGUAGUGUGAAAUCUCACACAAAACAAAGGCAUCUGGGAGUCUGUCAGUUACUCUGUAACUAGAUUUUUUUAAUGCAUGUAAUUCUCUUGUAGAUCAGAAUGAGAAUAUGCCAUGCAAUGGAGUUCACCUUCCAUGCCAGAGUUACAAACCUCCAGUUACAAAACAUCGUGGGAAACUUAAUGGCUACCCAAACUCUAGGCAGUACAUAUCUUAGUAAUGAUACUAUUUUUCAUGUGUAGUGAUUAUACUGUAGUGCACAUAGGCAUAAGUAGUACAAAUAUACAAUUCCAAUACACAGAAUAAAUUACUCAGAAAGCCCUUAGUGCAGUUAUCCAAGAAUACAUGGAAGCGGCCAAUUAACAAGACUUGCUACAAAAAAUGUGCCUUCUUAAUAAAUUGAAUCAUUAAAUUUAAGUUUAGGAGAGUAGGAUGGGAUGUGGUGCAUAUAUGCAUGCACACAGUACCAGGAAUGAUCUUUGGAACGGCAGACUCAUGAGCCAAAGCAGAACAUUCAAAUAUGAACUCGAAAUGAUUAUAUGAAAACUCAUUUGAAAGUGACCAACUAACACAGCUUCUGUUAAGGAAAACCUUGCCUCCGAUCCACUGGAAUUCUUACAACAUGUCAAUUUAAUGGUAGAUAAAGGAGAAGUAGCAGACAAUUUCAAAUGUCUUUGACAAAGGUCCUCAUGGGAGAUUAUUAAAGAAUCUAAGGCACAGAUUCUCUUGCAUGCCAAGAUCUACUGUUCUAAUUUACACCAUUUGACUGCUACCCUCAAUGGACUAUAAGCAAGGUGGGGAUUGGCAGAGUACUCUGUUUCAUUCUCCAUAUAGUCUUUUUGGUUAGGCACUGGAAUGUCCCACUCUUACAGGAAGAAUAAGAGAUAUUGUCUGGGUAGGCCCAGAAGCUAUCUUGAGUGAGUUUUGGAGGCAGUCUAUAGGGUAGAAUAAUUCCCACUAGAAUGGGAGUAACUACCAACCCAGACCUGAAGUUAGCAUAGCAUUUUUAGUUCUUCACAAGGUUGUACGUUAAAAACUGCACACGUUAUAGAGAGAAUAAAAAAAGCAUUUUGGAAGAACUAGCUAAUCAGUUUCCCAAGAUUACUGAAUAAUAUGCUACUUAUUGCUGGUUACAAUGUCGGUUAUGGAAUGUUUUUCUAUGGAAAUGAGCCAAUUUUGAUGAAAAUUUCAUUUUGGAAGAAAAAAUGAAAUAAAAUCAUUUUAUUCAAAUUGAAAUGUACUCACCUUAAGAAAAGUUUUACCCUCAGAAAGGAACACAUUUUUUUGUGUCAAACACAUUUUCAUAUAAAAGGUUGAUUUUAUAUUAUAUUGUAAAAUAUGUUAGAAGAGAAAUGUUAUUUAUUUAUUUUUAUUCCAGAAGUCAAUUGUGGAAUAAAACACUUGGGUUUUAAUUACAGAGGACAUUUCAAUUGUCCCCCAAUUUCCCCCCCAAAGUUUUCCUUUUGAAGGAAAUCUCAACAUUUAAUUUUGUUACCAUUUUACGUAAACAAAUUCAUGCAUACAGCAGAUAGUUAAUAGGUUUCACUACACUAACACUGACAUAUGUAAUAAUGAACUAAUGCAAUGAUUCUGCCUGGCUACUCAGAAUGGGGGUGGGUAGAUGAUGAAGAACAUAAUGGCCUAAGUUUAAUACAUUCCAUUUAUUGGAGCUCUGUUUCCUUGUUCAGACAAUCAGUGGCAAGGAAGAGAUGAAUGAGACAAUGAUAAGGCCAAGACUGGACGGCAAGAUGGAAUUCCUGUUCCUUUACCUUGAGGAUCCUGUGAAUGGAUCCCUGAUACCGUUUGUGGGGAAACAGAACUGUUUGCAGCUGCUGUUGUUUUUCACUUAAUUAAAGGCUUGCAUUCCUGCAAAUUCAAGUGCCAAAAAUUAGGCUUCUAAAUCCAUGUUUUGUGUGGAUUAUAUG